CUGAAAAGUUUUGAGCCUCAUCAUGAAGAUGGCGUUACUCGUCAAAGCCAUUCUGGUAUUAUAAUCGUGAUACUUACGAAAGAUAUCUGUGACAAUUGUGGCCACUUUGGACGUUCAGUUCUUGUUUGACAAUCAUUUGUGUCGUCAUUUUGUAAAAAUGGAAAAAAUUGAAUAUCGUGGUAUAAUUAAAUUCUUGCAUUUGAAAGGCAAUACGUCUACGCAAAUUAAAGCCGAGUUGGACGCUGUUUACGGGGACUCUGCCCCAUCAUUUGCAAUCAUGAAAAGAUGGGUAGCUGAAUUUAAACGUGGUCAUACCAGCUUAGCUGAUGAUGAGCGUUCGGGACGGCCAACAACUGCGACCAUCACCGAUAACAUCGAAGAAAUUCAUCAAAUGAUAAUGGACAACCGUCGAAUUAAGGUUAGGGAGAUAGCAGAGGCUGUUGGCAUAUCAAAAGAACGUGUUUGUCAUAUAUUGACUGAAGAAUUAGGCAUGCGUAAGUUAACCGCGCGUUGGGUGCCGCGCUUGCUCACUCUGGAUCAAAAACGCAUUCGAAUGAACAUUUCUAAGGCCCUGUUGGAGCGGUUUAAGUGA